AUGGCGGCUAGAACCCUCAUACGCACCCUCCUAUAUGUGCUGGUUGCCGUUGCACCAGCUGCAUCGGCCUCAACAUUCUCACCGCUACGGCCACCUGCAAUUCCGCUCGCCGUCCGGUCUCCCUACUUGAGCACCUGGCUGAACGGCGACUCGGGCGGAAUCCUCCCCGGCUCGUGGCCGCAAUUCUGGGCUGGCCAGACCACAGGAUGGCAAGGCUUCAUCCGUGUUGACAAUGUCACGUAUAACUGGAUGGGCAAUGCCCCUGGUCCCCAAGUCGUGACCCAGACCGACUUCGAAUACACCGCGACCACGAGCACGUUUACCUUUGAUGUGGACAGCAAAGUCACCCUGACUGCCACAUUCCUCUCGCCUGUGCAUCCCACCGACCUCCUACAACAAUCGAUGCAAUUCUCCUACAUACAAGUCUCUGUCAAAUCCUCCGACGGCAACCAUCACGAGGUGCAAGUCUACACGGACAUUUCAGGCGAAUGGGCUGGCGCAGACACCAGCAGACAGAUCAACUGGUCCAACGGCCUCCGCGAUGGCCUCGCAUUCCACAAGUUCACUCUGACCACGAACACGGUCUUUUCUGAAGCAUCGGACAUGGCCUUAUGGGGUAAUUGGUACUACGGCACAGACGCAAAAGCCGGUGUGUCGUAUCGCACCGGCUAUCCAGACACCGACACCAGAGGCUUGUUCAUUAACAAUGGCAGCCUCGACAACAAAGUCGACACUACCUUCAGGUCCAUCGGGGACAACUGGCCCGUGUUUGCGUUCUCCCGUGACUUCGGCUCUGUUCUCUCAGAAGAAGACGUUCUCUUUACCAUCGGUCUCGCCCAGGACGAGGUCAUCAAUUUCCAGGGCAACAAUACCAGCCCCGAGGCCCUCCGUUCGCUGUGGUCGACCGUGUACAACUCCGACGAAGAUUGCCUGGCGGCGUUCCACUCCAACUGGGACUCCGAAUCCCACGAUGCCAGGCUGCUCGACUCGAAGAUCCACAAUGAUGCGUUUGAUGCCGGGGGCGAUGACUACGCUUCGUUGACGACGCUGGUCGUUCGCCAGGUGUUUGGCUCACUGCAGGUCGCACACGGCUCGCGGCAGGACUACAUCUUUCUCAAAGAAAUUAGCUCCGACGGCGACAUCCAGACGGUGGACGUAAUCUUCCCGGCGCACCCGAUAUUGUUGUACCUCAACCCGGAGCUGCUCAGGUUGCUGCUGGAUCCCUUGUUUGAAAACCAGGAAAGCGGCCAUUACCCGAACCCGUGGUCGACCCACGAUUUGGGCCUUUUCCCCAAUGCUCUCGGCUAUCCUAAUGGCAACGAUGAGGCUAUGCCAGUCGAAGAGUGCGGUAACAUGAUCAUCAUGACACUGGCAUAUGCGCUUCGAACAAAGAAUUCAGACUACCUGAAGCAACAUUGGCAGCUGCUGGACCAGUGGGCGCAGUUCCUGGUCAACGACUCGCUGAUCCCCGACUACCAGCUGUCGACGGACGACUUUGCCGGCGCACUAGCGAACCAGACAAACCUGGCGCUCAAGGGCAUCAUCGGCGUGCGCGCAAUGGCCGAGAUCGCUGGUCUCAGCGGCGUCGUCAAUGCCAACGAGAUCAGCCAGCAGUAUCUGAACACGUCGACCCAGUAUAUACAGACCUGGUCGGGUCUCGGUGUCAAUAAGAAUGCCAACCCGCCGCAUACGACGCUUGCGUACAACGAGCCCGACUCGCACGGCCUCCUGUACAACAUCUACGCCGAUAAGUUGCUGGGGCUGAACUUUGUGCCGGACUGGGUAUACUCGAUGCAAAGCAAUUUCUACGGCAGCGUCAUCCAAGAGUUUGGCGUGCCGCUGGACACGCGACACACCUGGGCCAAGUCGGACUGGCAGGCGUUUGCGGCGGCCGUAGCAGCACCCGAUGUGCGCAGCCUGAUGCACGGCCGUCUCAUCCGCUAUGUUGAGGGAACGCCCACUACCCGGCCCCUCUCGGAUUUGUACGACGCGACGACGGGCGAGUUCCCCACGGGUGGCCCGAUGUUUAUCAGCCGGCCCGUGCAGGGCGGGCUCUUUGCGCUCCUGGCGCUACCAGAAUAG